AUGGCUGAAGAGAGCAGUUCAGUCAUAAACCCAAACCCUAAAAUGGAAGCUGGAACUUCCACAGUUACCAAUCUAACCGAAAACACCACUAUACCCAUCACUGGCUACAAACUAAAUGGCCAAAACUACACCCAAUGGGCAAGAUCUAUUCGGAUCUUCCUUCAGGGAAAAGGGAAGGAAGAUUACAUCUCUGGCGAUGCUAAAGAGCUAGAGAAGAAGGACCCCGAUUACCCAAAGUGGAAGCUAGAGAACAGCUUAGUCAUGACAUGGCUACUGAACUCAAUGACCACUGAAGCAGGUGAAACCUUCAUGUAUUACAGCACUGCAGCUGAGAUCUGGAGUGUUGCCAGGGAGACAUACUCAAAUACUGAUAAUACUUCCGCCAUAUUUGAGAUCAAGAGUCUCCUCCAUGAAUUGCGACAAGGAGACACAACAGUCACUGAUUACUACAAUACCCUCACCCGUUACUGGAAACAACUAGAUAUCUAUGAGGAUAUAGUAUGGACAUGCCCUGAAGACAGCAAACAGUACAAAAUAAUGGUGGAGAAAGACCGAAUAUACCAGUUCCUCCUUGGUCUAACCAAGCAUCUAGAUGAUGUAAGAGGAAGAAUCCUUGGAACCAAACCUCUGCCCAACAUCAGAGAAGUAUUUUCAGAAAUGAAAAGAGAAGAGAGUCGAAGGAAAGUCAUGCUUGGAAGCACUUAUCAAAGCUCCAUUAAUGAAGGUUCAGCCUUGGCUGUGAAAGGAAGCUACAAAAAAUCUAGAGGAUGGUGUGAUCACUGCAAAAAAUCAGGCCACAACAAAGAAACAUGUUGGGUCAUUCAUGGAAAACCAGCAGAUUGGAAACCAUCUUGGAACAGGGACAUUCGCGUCCAUGCUGCCACAUCAGAAGGGGGCAAAGUGUUGGCAACCCCAACACUUGAACCAAGUCCAUUCAGCAAGGAACAAAUGGAGAUGUUGCAAAAAUUGCUACAACAAUCCCUUCAAAACACUAGCACACACUCAGCUGCUGCCUUGGCCCAAAAAGGUAAUUCUUCAUGUGUGUAUUUUGUUGAUAAGGGAACAUCUAACCAUCUGGGAACAGGGACAUUCGCGUCCAUGCUGCCACAUCAGAAGGGGGCAAAGUGUUGGCAACCCCAACACUUGAACCAAGUCCAUUCAGCAAGGAACAAAUGGAGAUGUUGCAAAAAUUGCUACAACAAUCCCUUCAAAAACACUAGCACACACUCAGCUGCUGCCUUGGCCCAAAAAGGUAAUUCUUCAUGUGUGUAUUUUGUUGACAAGGGAACAUCUAACUCAUGGAUUGUAGACUCUGGAGCCUCAUACCAUAUGACUGGGGAUAUCACUUUAUUUGAUGAAUAUUCCCCAUGCAAUGACAAUUCUAUGGUACGAAUAGCAGAUGGCACAAAAACAAAAGUGGUUGGUAAAGGCUCAUUAAUCAUCUCCAAGGACAUUACUCUUAACUCAGUUCUUUAUGUUCCAAAGUUGAAUUGCAACCUUUUGUCCAUAAGUAAAUUGACUCAAGAUCUAAAUUGUUUCACUAAAUUCUUGCCUCACCUAUGUGAAUUUCAGGAUCUGGAUUCGGGGAGGAAAGUCCUACGAACUGACAAUGGCCGUGAAUACUAUCACCAUUCCCUCAAAUCUCACCUUCUCAAGCAUGGAAUAAUUCACCAAACCAGCUGUGUGAACGCACCACAACAAAAUGGUAUUACCGAGAGGAAAAAUAGGCACCUCAUGGAGGUUACUAGGUCCCUUAUGUUAUCAACUAAUGUACCAAAUCAUUUUUGGGAUGAAGCCGUCCUUUCAGCAUCAUAUUUAAUUAACAGAAUGCCUUCUAAAGCCCUCAAGUUCAAAACCCCUUGCCAAACCCUUCUAUCCAUUUACCCACACAUUAAAAUCCUUUCAUCCAUUCCUCCCAAAGUCUUUGGAUGCACUGCAUUUGUUCACGACAACCAGCCUAACAAAGGAAAAUUAGAGCCCAAAUCCCUUAAAUGCAUAUUCUUAGGAUACCCACCAAAUAAGAAGGGACACCGGUGCUACUAUCCCAUAAGCAAAAAAUUCUACCAUUCAAUGGAUGUAACCUUCUUUAAAAAUCAACCUUACUACCCCAAAGUUGGCUUUCAGGGGGAGAGAGAACAAAACAUAGUAGAAUUCCAACCUUGGGAAAUGGAACAACAUUUGCAUCAUGAAAUGGAACAUAAUUUGCAGCAUUUGCAACAUGAAAUGGAACAAAAUUUGCAGCAGCAGCAGAAUUUGCAGCAUCUUUUAGAAACAUAA